AUGCAGCAUGUCAUCAUUGGAGGUAUCAAUCGCCAAGAAGGCCAAGACGCCAUUCACAAGUUAAAUGGAAAAUUUGGCAAAGAUCGGGCUCAUUUUAUGGAUUGUGAUGUUACCAAUGAAUGUGAUUUCGACAAUCUUUUCACAGAAACAAGAAGAAUUUUCGGAUACCCGGACAUAUUAUUCAAUAAUGCCGGCAUGCUAGAAGACAAGAAAUGGUCUCAGACUGUAGAUGUCAAUAUUAAGGGUGUUCUUUUAGGUUGUUUCUUGGCUUUCAAAUACAUGGGCAAGGACCAAGAAGGAGGAAAGGGCGGUGUCGUAGUGAACAAUGCUUCCAUUCUUGGCUUCGAUGCUUGUGCCGGUUGCCCUGUCUACAAUUGUACAAAACAUGCUGUUAUUGGAAUCACUAAAGCUUUAGGGGCCGAGUUCCAUUACAAGCGCACGUGUAUACGUGUGUGCUCUAUUUGCCCUGGUGUGACCAAUACUGAGCUAGUAACUGGAGCGAAGGGACGACAGUACAUGGGCGAAUGGGGCGAAGAAACAGCUCGACAGCUGUCUCAGCUUCCACAGCAAGAGAUUGGUGCAACUGGCCAAGCCUUUAUGUACAUUGUACGUCAUGGGAUCUCUGCAGAACACUACAUCAUAGAAGGAUCGGAAGUGUUCCAUGCAAAACCACCACCACGUCAAACGUUUAGCACCCUGAAACGCAGCUUUAAGAAAGAUUAA